AUGUCGGCGGACUGGAACAGUGUGAUUCAGGGUCCGAGUGUUAUUAACACGAUUGCUGUUGCGUCUUUUUCUUGUCAUGAUAUUGCUGUAAAGACAUUGUUAGAGAAGUAUCCGAAAGUGUUCGACGCCUCAAUCGGAAGGAUUGCUAAUGUUCAAGCUAAUCUACCACUGAAGAAAAACGUUCGGCCGGUAUUUCUAAAGGCACGGAAAAUACCCUUCAAUAUGUUGACAACUGUUGAAGAUGAAUUGGAGAAACUUGUUGCAGAAGGUGUGCUCACGAAGGUGAAUUCCAGCAAUUGGUCGACGCCUGUGAAGAAGUCGCAAAACCGGGUGAGAAUUUGUGGCGAUUACAAACAGACCGUGAACUCGAACAUUGCGGUGGAUAAGCAUCCAUUGCCUACUGUGGAUGAGUUGCUGGCUUCGCUUGCGGGAGGUAAAAAGUUCUCCAAGAUUGGUCUGGUCCAUGCGUACCUGCAGCUUGAGGUGGCUCCGGAGGAUCGUAAAAUUCUCACGCUGUCUACGCAUCGCGGUCUUUAUCGUCCGAAUCGAUUGAUGUGCGGUGUCGCGUCGGCUCCAGCCAUCUGGCAGCGACAAAUGGAAGCCAUACUGCAAGGAAUAGAAGGUGUUAGUGUUUUCCUGGACGACAUAAAAAUAACGGGAGAGAACGAUGAAGUUCACUUACGUCGACUGCAGGAAGUAUUACGGCGACUGAAUGAAUGCGGAAUACGAGUCAACAAGGACAAAUGUAAGUUCUUCGUCGACGAGAUUGAGUACUGUGGAUGUUCGAUUGAUAAAGACGGUAUCCACAAGAUUCGGAAGAAGGUGAAGGCAAUUCGUGAGAUGCCUAGACCAAAGAACAGAGAUGAAGUUCGGUCGUUUGUCGGAUUCGUAGACUAUUACGGACGGUUUUUCCAAAACCUGAGUAUGGUCUUGUACCCAUUGAACAACUUACUUAAAAAUGACGUGCCGUUCAGACCCAACAAUGCGAAGACUCUUUCAGGAAAGUGA